AUCUCAGUGGGACAGCUUUCGAGUAGUCUUCUGGUCAAAGCUCCACUGUUCAGUCGUAGUCCUAAUCUUCCUCACACCUGCCACGGCCAUGCCAAGCUAAAAAUAUGGGGGGAAUAAGAGGAUCCACCAGGUGACAGUGGGAGGGAGCCAUGUUGGGUAGGGAUCCUGUGUCAUAAGAGGAGUCAAGGCAGAGGCUGCUGCCCCAGUGGCAACAACAGCAGGAGGACCUGUUUCCUUAAUCUACAACAAGCAAGUGAAGAAGUUGUCUGUUUUAAUGAAAUGGAUGACACGUUACCCGAAGAAAGUUUGUUUCUUUUCUGUAUUUUGAGGAUAUCAUUACACCUUCAAAAAAGAAUGCUCCUUUGAGAGAGAAGCUGCUUCCUACGUAACGAGUCUCUAGUGGAUGUACUUUGGUGCUCAUAAAUUGGCGGAUACAUUGGUGGAUGCUUUACCACACCACUGAUCACAUCUGUUUAUGUCGGAGCCUGAAAAAUCAACUUGUGACAUGUUGACAUCUGUGAUUUCCAUGCAGCUCAUCCCAAUACCCGACUCUGUUUCCCAUUUUGAAAGGACCAUAAUUUCCUCCAAGUAAACAUGAAUUUGAACAGAAAAUGGCGCCCUAAUGUUUCAAUCACACUUCAGAGUGGAGCCAUUUGAACGCCUUGCUGACACCCCCGACCUGUCAGGACUGUUGUGAGUGGAUUGAUGUUUCUAUGUAACGCGUGUGCGAGUGCAGUGCAGCCUUGGAUCCAUCGUGGAACCACCACAGUGCGCCCGGGCGCCCAGCCUUCGGGCCGGAGACGCUCCACCCCAGUAACUACUCUCUGGUGUUACUGAUUCAGCUCAGCCUGCUCUCCUUCGACCUGUUUGUUAACUCUUUCAGCGAGCUGCUGAGGACUGAACCGGCUGUCCAGCUGGUGCUUUUCAUUAUCCAGGACAUUGCCAUCCUGUUUAACCUGAUCAUCAUUCUGUUGAUGCUGUUUAACACCUACGUGUUCAGGGUCGGCCUGGUCGCCAUAUUGCUGGAGCGAUUUAGAGCCCUGCUAAUUCUCUCUGCUCUCUACUUGACCUUCAGUAUCAUACUCCAUUCCUGGCUUAUGAAUCUACGUUGGCUAAAUAUCAACAGAUUUAUUUGGACAGAUGGCCUUCAGGUGCUGUUUGUGUUCCAAAGAGUCGCUUCUGUGUUGUACUACUAUUUGUACAAGAGGACCUCAGAGUAUCUGGGUGACCCUCGCCUCUACGAGGAUUCACCGUGGCUGCGAGAACUGUUCGCUCGGGUCAGACAGUGAUCGCUGCAAAAAA